AUGUCACCUCUAACCCAAGCAUACCGCCCUUACCUGGACAGACACCAGAAUCUUGCCGGACCUGGCGAUGAGCGUCCCACAGCUAUCGAGGUCGUCAAAGACCUUGGCCUGGUAGGCAAGCUCAGUGACAAGACAAUCUUGAUCACUGGUUGCAGUGCUGGACUUGGUGUACAGGCCGCUAGGGCCCUCUACUUGACUGGGGCCAAGCUGUACAUUACUGUUCGCAAUGAGCAGAAGGGUCAGAAGGCCAUUGAAGCCAUUAUGAAGGAUGCACCUCAGGGCCAGACGGUUGAGAUGGUACAAAUGGAUCUUGGAGACUUCGACAGCGUACGCGCGGCGGCCAAGGACUUCCUGAGCAGAAGCGACAGACUCAACAUCUUGAUCAAUAAUGCCGGUGUGAUGAACGCUCCUAAGGGCAAGACCGUCAGUGGCUUCGAGAACCACAUGGGUGCCAAUCAUCUCGGUCACUUCUUAUUCUUCCAGCUUCUCAAGCCCCUCUUGCUCUCUUCAUCCACACCUACACAGACUUCCCGUGUCGUCAAUUUGUCCAGCUAUGGUCACACCAUGUCACCUAUUCGCUUUGAUGAUAUGGAUUUCGAGAACGCAGAGUACAACCCCUGGGUAGCUUAUGGUCAAAGCAAGACAGCCAACAUCUAUAUGGCCAAUAGCAUCGACCGUCUGUAUGGAUCACAAGGCUUGCAUGCAGUCUCUGUGCAUCCUGGUGUCAUCUUCGAUACCGAACUGAUCCGUCACACUACUGAUGAUAUUCUGGCUGGACUCGGUGGUAAAGGUCCAUUCGAAAAGAGUGAGAAGAGUCCUGAACAAGGUGCUGCAACCACUGUCUGGGCCGCUCUGACUCCUCACUUUGACAGCAAUGGUGGUGUCUAUUGCGCUGAUGUAGGAGAGUCUGUUGCAGCAGGAGAGAAUGCUCCGUUGGGCGGUCCGGAGUAUGUAAGCCAUGCUUAUGACCAGAAAGCUGAAGAUCGUCUGUGGGAAUUCAGCUGCAAAGCUGUUGGCGUCUAA